UCUCAAGAGUCUAAACCCAGCUGUGACCUUUUCUUCAACAAACUUGAACCAAACGCAGCGUUUCAGACCAAUCAACUACUGAAUUAACUACUCGAAUAAACCAACCUCUGUACACGAUUCGGAGGCCCCAAAACGCAGUGUUUCAUGUGGAGACUUGUGCUCUGCGCAGAGUUUCUCCACUAAUUGACGCCCACCUUCCAAUUCUCUUCCUCUAAUGGCGUUUUAUAUUACUCGUCGGGCUUCAAAGGUAUGGAGAAGAAUUUGCGGAGAGGUGGUGCUAGAAAUUCCCCUGCUGGCCCAGAAGUGGAAGCUUCUUCUGGCAGGACUCUUUUUUCAGUACAUUCAUGGAUUGGCUGCUCGAGGGGUACAUUAUUUACAUAGACCUGGACCAGUACUUCAGGAUGCUGGGUUCUUUCUUCUUCCAGAACUUGGUCAAGACAAGGCUUACAUCAGUGAGACUGUAUUCACCUUCAUCUUUUUUUCCUUUCUCUUGUGGACAUUUCACCCUUUUGUUUUCCAGAGCAAGAAAAUCUAUACAGUUUUGCUAUGGUGCCGGGUUCUGGCUUUUUUAGUUGCUUCUCAAAUUCUCCGGAUCAUCACAUUCUAUUCAACUCAGCUUCCUGGCUCAAACUAUCAUUGUCGGGAGGGCUCAAAACUUGCCAGGCUGCCUCUCCCUGACAAUGCACUUGAAGUUCUCUUAAUUAACUUUCCCCGAGGUGUUAUAUAUGGCUGUGGUGACUUGAUAUUUUCAUCUCACAUGAUCUUUACCUUAGUAUUUGUUCUCACAUAUCAAAAAUAUGGUACCAAGAGGUGUAUUAAGCAAUUUUCUUGGUUAAUUGCUGUGAUUCAGAGCCUCUUGAUUAUAGCUUCUCGCAAGCAUUACACAGUUGACGUUGUUGUUGCAUGGUACACUGUAAGUUUGGUGGUAUUCUUUGUUGACAAUAAAUUGCCUGAACUACCCGACCGAUCCCCUGGAACUAUAUCUCUGCCACUGCUACCAUUGAGUGCCAAAGAUGAGGAUGGCAAGAACAAAGAAGAGCACAAGAAGUUCCCUAAUGGGAAUUCCAUAUACACUGUAGAUUUAGUAUAGAAAACCAAUGUUACUUCAAAUCACCUAUUACUCCUGUGUAAAGCUAUAUCCUUAGGGAUUCAAACUUCACAAAUGUUGCCUCCCGUGAUGGAUGACCCCAUUGAUACAGGGGUGAAUUCUAACGAAACAGCAGCAGUAGCUGAAGAUGGCCAUGCUGCUGUUACUUGGUUUGGGAUAUGUACCACAAUUCUUACCUAGACUGAUGCUACCACAACCUUUUCUCAAGACCAAGAAACCCCAUCUGUAUAAUUCUUAAAAAAUGAAAUGAACCAUCCCGGUUUCUCAAAUGCAGCUUCUUGCUUUCCCAUCCCUUUGUUUUCAGUUGUUAAUUUCGUAGAAUCUCACUGUCAUGUUGUUAGUAAAUUACUCGAACUUUGUUGCAAAAAAUUGAUGAGCUGAGUAAGCUGUUCUGUUCAA